GCCUCUUCCCCCCGGAUGAUUCUCCUUUGCCUGUUUCAUCGCGUGUCUGUUUUGUAAAGUUCCAUGAUCCUGACUCGGCAGUUGUGGCCCAGCAUCUGACAAACACUGUAUUCGUUGACAGAGCGUUGAUAGUCGUACCCUAUGCAGAAGGUUUGUGAAUUGUUUAAUGGCCUAUGAAGCCAACAUAUGAUGGCAUUUCGUUUCAGUAUAGUUCACAAAAAUGAGGAUUAGUUAAAUGUCGAAUAUACGAGAGAUUAACUUUUUGAAACCCUUGGUAUAUUGCAAUUUGCCCAUGGAUUAAGUAGUUUUUUGUUGUUUAGCAACACUGAAUGAAACUGGGGAGUUUAACUCUUACUGGGUUUGUGUGCCUUCAGUUUAGAAUACGAACAGUUUAGGCAGAAUCACUUGCAAAUUAUGCCCUUUAUCAAUUUCAGUGAGAUGUUUUCCUAAAUGAACUUAUGCAAACAGGUCAACAUUUUAAGGAAAUUUUGCCAUAAGUGUUUGCUUUUAUCACCUAUGAUAAAUCUCUUUAUGGGAACGGUUCCUCCCACCCUGAGAGGACAUGGGAGAGUAGAUGAACGUUUUGGGAGAUGCUGCCACUGCGUUUAGUUGGGAGCUUCCCUGGAAAGCCAUUCACUCUCAUUGUGAACUCCAAUAUACCAAGGGUUUGAAUAAUUAUGGUUUAAUUGGGAAGUGAGAUCUUCCAAGAGGUGCCAAAUGGGCACUGGUGCUAGUUUUUAUUCCAAGUUUUCUUGUUCAGCCUUGCUAUAUUUGAUAGAAUUUCACUAAAUAAUAAACUCUUCUCUCUGUUAUUUGUGUGUGUGAUUUUUGUAGUGGAGAAGGCAAAUGCAAAGCCCUUCCAGAUGACUGAAAAACAGUGGGUCCUCUGCAGCUACAGGGGAUUCUAGACAUUAACUAAAGGCCAGCAAGCACUCAAGUCCCCAAGUGUUUUCCUGGUGUAACCACUUGUUAACUACAUUUUCUCUUCUUCUUUUUAUUUUUACAUUUUAGGGUGUUACAGUAAUUUGAAAGGCAAUGAGCAGGGUUUUUGGAACUUAAAAGCAAAGUGCUGAGAAGACACCUCUUCUUGCAGAAGUCUUAUUAAACUCUUCUAGACUUGCUUUAGAAGUAAUUGAUUUCCAUUGUACUGUUUCUUGAUUUACUUCUGAAAUAAUGGAUUUUCCCAAAUUGCUUGAAUUAAAUACAACCUCUGCAGAUUAAGUCAUGCUACAAUAAUAAAUUUGGUACACGGCCUGGGUUCAGACCUUUUGCCAAGACAUAAUGCUAUAGAAUGUCUUUUGAGGCCUGGGGAGCUGUCUUAUCUUUGUAUUCCUGCAAUUUAAAAGAUACGAAAACUUAAUUUAUGGGCUGUAGGAAUCUGCAGCAUGACCUUUGACUGAGACUUGCUGCUUUUUGCUAGUACAGAACCCGUUCUGAAAUUGCUGUUGAGUUAUUGCCUCUGCUUUCGCUAGUUAGGUAUAACAGCAGUUGAAAGACAUCUCAUUCUCCUCUUUAUAUUAAAGCAUGAUAAAGUAGCGGUCCACCUGAGCUUAUACUGAAAUACUCUCCAAGGCCUAAGGUGAAAAAUGUUAGUGUUUAACUUUUCCAGUAAGGAUAAAAACAACUUUCUCUUUGUCCGUCUGACUUGUCCAUUGUGCUUGAUGGUGGAUAAAUCUGGCACAUAGAGAAAUCUGCCCAGUAGUUUUGGUUUGGACUGGAUAAAGAAAAUAAAAUACCCAUUUAUUGUAUUUUAAUGGGCCCGUUUAAGUCACGGGGUUCCUUAUGGGCUGUUUCUUGUGGUGGUAAAUCAGAAUGAUAAUGGGUUUGGCAUACUGUUGUGGCAUAUCACAAGAGAUGUGUUCAGCCAAUAAAGUUGUGCCCCCUGGUUUUGUAAUCAUAUGCUUUUGUCCCUGUAUUGGAGUAUAGUUUUCCCUCCAAAUACAUACUGCCAGGCUCCCAAGUCAACAACUUACUGAAGCACGAUACAGCAAAAUUCUUAAAGCCACAGUGGAAUUGCUCACGUGCUUAAAGUCAGGCAUAUGCUUAACUGGUGUGCUGAACUGGGCCCUUUUUGCUUUUGUUUUCUACUGUGAUAAUUCUGUAUUAAUAUUGCCUGUCACUAAAGUGAAUGUUUAUUAUCUGUUUAGUGCAGUACUUAUCCCCUAUAUCACAAGUGCACUCCAAUUGUAGCAUACACAGACAUUUUGGUGUUGGCUGUUGCUUUGUGUUAUAGAACUAUACACAAAGUCUACGGUAAGGUUUAGUAUUAAUUGUAAUUUUCACUGUGAUAUUCCUAGAUUUGGAAGGAACUCUAAGAUUAAAGGUGGCUGGGGGGGGUAUUUAGGUUCUUUGGUUAAUGUUUGUUUCUUUUGUCUGUUUCUUUUUCUUUCAUUUCUACACAUUCAUACAGUAUUUCAUGGUUCUAACAAAGCAGCAGUAAAAAAAACUCUUGAAGCAUGAAAAUUAACUGGUGAGGGGCCUCAUUGCUUUUUUUUUUAAAUUGUAGUUUAUUUAUUUCUAAAUACUUUUUUAAAAAACAAUUAGAGGAUCAGAUGCAUGAUUUUUUUUAAUGAAUGCAGAUCUUCUAUGAGGUGUCUCAAAAUAAGUCUGAGGAUUUGUAUUUAGAUGCCAGAAAUGUUGUAGUUGCACUAAUUUGAAAUGUUUAGAUAUAAUUUAUAAAUAUCCUCUGAGACAUAAUUUUGCAUGCAAAAUUACCCCAUAAUCUUUCUGUAGGUAUGUUAAUAUAUUUAUGCAUUAAUGCCCUUUAUCUAAAUGACCUUUUUCCCCCCCUCUCCCUCCAUAACUUUUGGUAUCUAAAUUGAUGACAGCUCAAUGACACAAGCAAGAUAACAGUGCUGUGUAUUAUACAUUUGUUUAUAUUAUCGGCACUCUCAGUAUAGGUGGAAGGAACCAUUACCUUUAUUUAACAGUGGUUUUUCUUUUUUGUUGUUGUGUUUUACAGUUCUUUUCCCUGGUUCAGCCUGAACUAUAUACCAGGCCCUGCUGAAAAUACCACCCAACAGUUUUCUUCUGCAGCUUAUCCAGUUUCUCUUAAGUGCCCUGUACAUAUUUGAAGCAGCCGACACGAGUCGUUGUUCAUAAAACAGCUUUUGAAAGUUGAGAGCACACCCCUGGAGAACCGACUGUGCUUGCUUACGUUUGGUUCAUGACUUAAAAAUCGAGUACAGGAGUUAUUCCUGAUGAGACUAAGGCUUUGUCUCUCUUGGCACCAGCUAAUGCUGUGGCAGGUCUGCUGCCUGGGGGUGGACUCCUGCCUACUCCCAACCCACUUUCUCAGAUUGGUGCUGUUCCUUUAGCUGCUUUAGGAGCUCCUGCUCUUGAUCCUGCCCUAGCUGCUCUUGGGCUUCCUGGAGCAAACUUAAACUCUCAGUCUCUUGCGGCAGAUCAGCUACUAAAACUUAUGAGCACAGUGGAUCCAAAGUUGAACCAUGUAGCUGCAGGUCUUGUUUCGCCAAGUCUGAAAUCAGAUACCUCCAGUAAAGAAAUAGAAGAAGCAAUGAAAAGAGUACGAGAAGCACAGUCAUUAAUUUCUGCUGCUAUAGAGCCAGAUAAAAAAGAUGAAAAACGAAGGCAUUCAAGGUCAAGAUCACGCUCGAGGAGGAGGAGGACACCUUCUUCAUCUAGACACAGACGGUCAAGAAGCAGAUCAAGGAGAAGGUCCCAUUCAAAAUCGAGAAGCCGGAGGCGAUCUAAAAGUCCAAGGCGAAGAAGGUCUCAUUCCAGAGAGAGAAGCAGAAGAUCUAGGAGCACAUCCAAAACCAGGGAUAAAAAGAAAGAAGAGAAAGAGAAGAAGCGUUCUAAAACUCCUCCCAAGAGCUACAGCACAACUAGACGAUCUAGAAGCACAAGCAGAGAAAGACGACGUAGAAGAAGCAGGAGUGGAACACGGUCACCUAAAAAACCCAGGUCUCCUAAAAGGAAAAUGUCCCGGUCCCCAUCUCCAAGAAGGCAUAAAAAGGAAAAAAAGAAGGAUAAAGACAAAGAGAGAAGUAGAGAUGAGAGGGAACGAUCAACCAGCAAGAAAAAAAAAAGCAAAGACAAAGAGAAGGAUCGAGAACGAAAAUCCGAAAGUGAUAAAGAUGUGAAACAGGUCACAAGGGAUUAUGAUGAAGAAGAACAAGGAUAUGACAGCGAGAAGGAGAAAAAGGAAGAAAAGAAAAUGGCAGAUUCUUCUUCUCCUAAAGUGAAGGAGUCUGCAGCAGAUAAAGGAAGCGGAGAUUCAUCAAGGGAGUCCAAAGUAAAUGGGGAUGAUCAUCACGAAGAAGACAUGGAUAUGAGUGACUGAAUUUUGCCUUUGCAGUCAACACAGCUGCAGACGUGCAUCAGUGUCAUUCCUGUGUGAUUCUUUUAUGCUGUACUUGUUAAUCCUAAAUCUAGAUGUAUACAGCUCUAAGCUAUAUAUGGUUUGUAAAGCUCCUGAUACUAACUCCCAUCAAAAGCUUUAUAGAAAGGUAACCAUUCUUGUUCCGGACGAAAGGGAUUGCGUAUCCAAGCAAUCUUUACUAACUCGGUGAUGCUUCAAGCAAAAGCAAAAAGCUGCAUGCAUCUACAGCAGGCAUGGACUGUUUGUUGUAUGACCUCCUUUAGUAAAUCAGCUCACUUAUGAUAGUGUUUCUAGAAUUUGAUUCAUUGCAGUAAUAGAGCAGUAUAGGGAAUGCACUGACUGCAUGUUGAUUGUGGCAGAAACAUCCUAAAUGUUCUAAAAUCUUACAACAUAUGGUGGAUCUACUUAAGGGUCUUAAGUGUGACUACACAGAAAAUGACAGUACAUCUGAAAAUAACCAUUCUGAUAUAGGUAGGGUUUUUUGUUUUGUUUUUAAGCCAUACAGCUGGGCUUUUUUGUUCGUUUUGUUUUGUUAUUUUUUUUUCUUUUUCCGGUGGAUUUUGUUUGGCUUUGACAAAGUUAAAAUGCACUGACCUUUUUGAGGACUUAUUUUAAUCUGUCAGUUCAAAUCCAUCCCAGGCAGCAAAAAGUGACAAGUUGUAAUGGUUCUUAGCUUCUCAUCUUGGGUCUUGGGAGUGAAAGUCUCUGCUUGAACUGUACCCGGUGAUUAAAGGUUGAUUUGUGCAGUUUUCAUAAUCCAGGUUGUUUUAUUUGUUAAUGAGCUAGACGUAUUGCAAAAAGGUAGUGCAUUUUAAAAUUGAUCUUUGUAUGCUUUUAAAAGCAAGUCUACUUGAUAAUGUACUUUCUACUUGAUCUCAAGUUGUAUAAACUAAUAAAUUUGUGUUACUGUCACUGCAGUAGUAAUCUUAUGCACACAGUGAUUCCAUGUUAUAUGCAGAGUAGGUAGGCAAGCUGUUUUCUUAGUUACAGAAGUUCAAGAGCUUUUACUUUUGUGCAGGUAAAAAGACAAAAGUAGGCUACAGUCUGUGCCAUGUUGAUGUACAGUUUCUGAAAUUGUUUUACAAACCUUUGAUAAUAAAACCCGUAAACUUAUAUUCCUGUUCCUAUAAAACUUUACUGGUAUUUAUUUACACCACUGAAUGUGUGAAUCUUUACCUCAUUCCUUUUUAGAGAAUGCAUUUUUCUUCAUCUAUGUAUUUCAAAAAGACUAUAACAACUCCAUCUUUUUAAAAAUGAAGUACAGUGACAAAACUGUUAAGCCUGCCAUUUUAGCUUGAGUUAAAUAUGUUAUAUACUAAAAAGAAUUCUUUUACUUCGUUUGGGAAUAAAGGGAACAGGCUGAAAUGGUAAUCUAGAGGUGUUAAGGGGCAAAUACUUUAAAGAAACAUAUUUGUAAAUUCUGUGUUUUCAUUGAAGUAUGAACAUUCAUCUUUAUUUUUAGGAUGCUGAUGGAAGACACAGAAACAGGAAGCAGCAAGUGCUUUGUACGUAUAAAAUAGGCUGUUAUGCCAGGAACUGAAACCUUACUGGUUAGAAUCAGUAAGUUUUGGAAUAAAACUGUAAGUGGUGCUUGAAUUUUAGAAUCUGAUGAGUCAAAUCACCUUUUUUUUAAACUGUCCUUUUGCCCUAGGCAAAGUGGAACUCGCCAUUUAGAUAUGAAGUGUCAUUUUUUAGAAUUUGUAGAAAUGUAAAUUUUUACCAACUGUUUGAAGUAUUUUGUCAAUACAGAGAGGUAUAUGUCAUAAAAGCAGUUCUAGCAUUUUAUUUCUGACAGUGCAGAGAACCUUUUAGUUCUUGUAAGAAAAUACAGACACGGACAAGGUGCAUGAUGUCUUCAUAGAUGUGCCUUUUUAGUUGUCAAGGUAUUUAUAUGUGAAGUAUAAGAACAUAAAACAAUUUAUAGUAAUAAAGUAAACCUCCUUGAUCCUUA